CGUUUCCCUGUCGGAUGCUUUUCAAUGCAGCAUCGGUGAGAGGUCAGUGAAACAUGCCUGUGACAUUGUAGGAUUUUAGUUUCACAGGUAACUUGUUAACUCUGUCAAAUUAUUAAAGAUGUACAGAAGGAUAAUUUUACUGACAACCAGGAACAGAAGCGGGAUAAGCCGUAUUGCAGAGCACAGUAUAAACAUAACAAAUCAACAAGAAACGAAAAGAAUAUCGGUGUCAACAUGCCCUAACCGGCAAAGGAUGCUCUAUAACAAGGGAGUCUGUACUCCCAACAAGAGGCCGUUUAACACAAGCACAGCCAUCUCCAAAGAGAAUGAAGAGUCUUCCGCACCUAAAACUGGAGUGACGGAAGCCAAGGUGAAAGAGAAGGAGUCGAAGAAAUCUGGAAAAGAGAACCUGUUAGAUCUCCUGAGUGCAAUGAAAGUAGACGUGACCACAAAGAAGAAAUUCCAGGCUUUAAAAUCUCAGAAGAGCAAGGAGCAACCAAGAGUUCACCCUGAAUCCAUGGAGAGUGCAACAAGCAUGUUUCAGAAAGCUACCACAGAACAGCAGGCUCAGAAAGAGUCCCUGAGCCCAGAGCUCGUCGCCGCUGCCUCUGAGGUUGCUUCCUCCAUGCCUUUGAAAAAGUGUCAGACGGAAUCAGAGCUGCUGCAACAGCUACGGAAACACGCGUCGGACACUGAGGUCCAUAAAAAAGCUGAAACUAACAACAUUGGUAACAUCAUUGCUGACAUGAAGGUAGGCAAGCACCCCAAUGCUAGAUCGCCUAACAGACCGGCCAAUCAGAUUCGCUUUGAUGACGAUGGCCGUGGCUAUACUCACGACAGAGGAGUUGUGAAUGAGUUUGAUGCAGUCAGGAGGAGGAAAAGUUUGUUCACUGGCAAGAGACUGAAUAUUUUUCCAUCCACGACAGACACAACAGAAACAGAACCCAAAGAAGUAUCUGUUCCCUCCCUGUGGGAUAUUGAGCUGGCUGGUCAGAUUGCAGCUGUUAUCAAACACCUGCCCCGGAAUGGAUUUGAGGAAAUGAUCCAGUGGACAAAGGAUGGAAAACUCUGGCAAUAUCCCAUUAACAACGAGGCUGGUCUUGAGGAAGAAUCAGAUGUCCCAUUUCAUGAACAUGUAUUUUUAGAUAGUCAUCUGGAAGACUUCUCAAAGCAAGGACCAGUUCGCCAUUUCAUGGAACUUGUCAUUAACGGGUUGUCUAAAAACCCCUAUCUAACCGUCAAGCAAAAGAUGGAGCAUAUAGAAUGGUUCCGUGAGUACUUCCAGCAGAAGGAGGAGGUUCUGAAGGAGAGUGAAGCUUACUGAGUAGACCUGGAAAUCAGGGAGACACAAACCAGCUAAAUGUAAUGCUCCUUCUACGCUGUACAUAAGCACCGCUUUUGCUUUGGAAAACCCAGGAGUCCAGGUCUAUCCCAUCACCCCAAAUCACAUUAAAUUGCUUUGAUCCUAGACCAAGUAAGUCAAUAUGGGCUUGUGUUGAAAUUUGGUAUUUUGUGUAAGACAGGAACAUGAUGAUCCCCAUGUAAAAAGAGAUGUACAAGUACUUUUUGAUUUAGCUAUUAAAUGGAGAUACCUGAUACAGAAUACACAUUUUGUUCUUUCCCUUCAUUGUUUUGUAAAAAUGUGCAUUUUCGACUUACAUAUAUAUAAACCAUUGUCUCCCCUAUUCAGAAAGAGGGAAAAGAAAUCUACUCCUGGAUAUCCAUGUAUUAGUCCAGCUUAUUGGUAUGUAAAGGCAACACAAAGAAGAUGAUUGUACUCCAAACUGGGUGUAUGAUAGCAGAAACUCUUUCACCAGAAUUUUGCAGCAAUGUCAUAAAUAAACAUUUUAAAAAUGUA